AUGGAUUCGUCCCAGGCCAAGGUGCUAUGGAGUGCAGCUGUUCGCUUCAGUCUUAGCCAGGUCGGAAAUGACCCGGCUGCAAAGGCGUCUUUGGAGAACUUUUUGGAUGAUCCCAUCACUCAGUAUCAGCUCAACAUUACCUCGAGCAAGUCUCCUAAACGACUGGAUACGGUGUUUUUGGAGUAUCAAAACAGCGAGGCCGAACUCGAUCGCUGGAUUCUCGACCGACUGAGCAACAACAUUCGAUUCCCAUAA